UUCUUCAGGUGUGAACACUCUCAGUGGCAGUUUUCCCAAAUCCCACUCAUCCCAGUACUCUGACCUCGGGGUUACACGCACCCCUCUCUCUGUGGACCAGAGUCCUGAUUCUGGACUUGUAUCUACACCUCUCCCAGCGAGUCGGUUCCGGUUCGCGUCGUGGCAUCGCCUGGAGCAGUGUGAUGUCACAGGGGACCAGCUGACCUGCCCCAGGGUCAGAGAAGGGCCAUCAGAAGAGGAGCUGUUUCAAAGAGAGGAGGAUGACAUCUGUUUGGAGAGAGGAAGGAGAAGGAGGAGAGAGGGGGGAGGACAGAGAUGGGAGGAGAGACUGCAAGAGAACUGGGAAAACUGUCUGGAGUUAAAUCUGUCCUACCAGGACCUGGGCGAUCCCUUCCAGCAGGAGAACUUCCUACGGAUCCUCCGCCGCUUGAUCCGUGUGGAGAAACUGCAACUGGUGGACAACUCCCUCACCAACCUGAGUUCUGUACGCCUGCCAAGGUGCACAAUGCUAAACCUGCAGCGUAACCACCUGGUGUGUCUGCGUCAGCUGCCAAAGCUCCCAGCGGUGGAGCACCUUUGUCUCUCUGAGAACGCCAUCAGCUCCCUGGGGGGACUGGGAGCUCUGGGGACCAGCCCGCUCCGCUCCCUCAACCUGACCCACAACCCAGUGACCUUCACUCAGGGCUACCGUACACGUGUUUUCCUCUGUUUGCCAAAGCUAGAGAUCCUGGAUGGAAUACCCAAGCUGCCUGAAGACUCUCUGCCUACCAGACUACAGUUCCCAGAAACCACCAGGAUGUGCAACAUUUUAUGACAUUCUUGCAUGGAUGGCUGCGUGCGGAGUCAGUCCUCCCGAUCCUACAACACUUGAAGCGAUGACGAGGCUUCAGCAAAGUGCUCUUCAGCAGACGUUGAAGUUGCACUGAAGGUUGCAUCGAGCUGUUGAGUUAUUCACACAAAUUGCCGAAAAACACUUGUUAGACCGCGCUGACAAUGCAGUCAGAUGUGGUAAUGUGCUUCAGGGCCAUGCGAGAUGCUUUUUAUAUGUAGUACCAGUUACACCUAUUAUUAUUGUCAUUGAUAUAUUUGUAAGUGAGAUGUUUUAUAUGUCCUAU